AUGUCGUCAUCAAUGGUGUCAAUUCUUAGAAAAAGCAUUGUGAAGCCAUCCUCUCCAACACCAAUUUCCCUCAGAACCCACAGCCUCUCUUAUAUUGAUCAAGCCCUAUCCCACAUGUACAUUCCCUUUGCCUUCUUUUUCCCUAAACCCCAACAACAAACCAUCACUAAUAAUAUCUCUCAGGCUAUACAGACCUCUCUGUCAAAAACUCUAACAGCCUAUUAUCCCUAUGCGGGGUUUCUUAGAGACAACGCCUCCGUGGACUGCAAUGACACAGGAGUUGAGUUCAUUGACGCUCGAAUCCACUGCCCCAUGUCUGACGUUCUAAACGACAUCGAAAAUUCGCAAACCAUAGUUUUUCCGAACGAAUUACCUUGGAGAAACUCGUACGAGAAGUUAGCAGUGGCUCAGGUGAGCCGUUUCGAGUGCGGAGGAAUCGCAAUCAGCGCCUCCUUGUGUCACAAGAUUGGGGAUGGCUUCACCGCCUCCAAAUUCAUCAACGAUUGGGCUGCCACAACCCGUGACUCCAACGUCAAACCCUAUGCACAUUUUGUCAGAGAUUCUGUCAUUCCGCCACCUGAGAACAGCCCUCCGCUGCCUACUCCGGUGAUCUUGGCACAAACUCAGCAUUGCAGGCAAAAGAGAUUCUUUUUCUCUGCCUCUAAGAUAAAUUCACUUAAAGCAAUGGUAGCAGCUAAAACAGGGAUACAAAAUCCGACACGCACUGAAGUUGUAAGUGCAUAUCUUUACAAGUGCAUUGUGAAAACACGAGAAGAUUCAAACACACUCCGACCAUCCCAACUGUUCCAAUAUGCUGACAUCCGACCGCUGGCUCUCCCGCAGAGGUUAGCCCCAACAUCCGCCGGAAAUCUGCUUUCCACGUUUUGCAUAUCAACAACACACGACGACGAUUUGGACGUGGCGAGGUUGGUAGCCGACUUGAGGAACAGAAAACAAGUGCUCUAUGGGGAAGACAUGAUCAAAGAAAACGAGUUGGCUUUGGAGAUAUACGAAUCCACAAAAGGGGGACAAAAGCCAUACGAGGGUGAUGGUUUUGAUAAGUACUUUUUUAGUAGCAUCUGUAAUCUCCCAAUGUACGAUGUGGAUUUUGGGUGGGGGAGACCGAUGCACGUCAGUGUUCCAAUGGGUCCAUUCAAGAACUUCAUUCUCUUGUUCGGGAAUAAGAGUAUGGGCGGUGUAGAUGCGUGGGUGACAAUGGAAGAAGAUCACAUGGCCGCACUUGAGCAAAAUGAGGAGCUACUACAAGAGUUUACUUCUACCUAG